AUGAGAGGCACAUUUCAGACCCACCUCCUCGCCUUCUCCCUCCUCUGUCUCCUCUCCAAGGUGUGUGCCCAGCUGUGUCCCACACCAUGUGCCUGUCCCUGGCCACCACCCCAAUGCCCACCGGGGGUGCCCCUGGUUCUGGACGGCUGCAACUGCUGCCGGGUAUGUGCGCGGCGGCUGGGGGAGCCCUGCGACCAUCUCCACGUCUGCGACCCCAGCCAGGGCCUGGUCUGCCAGCCCGGGGCGGGCCCUGGAGGCCGGGGGGCCGUGUGCCUCUGGGGAGAGGAUGACGGCAGCUGCGAGGUGAACGGCCGCCUCUACCGGGACGGGGAGACCUUUCAGCCUCACUGCAGGCUCCGCUGCCGCUGCGAGGACGGCGGCUUCACGUGUGUGCCCCUGUGCAGCGAGGACGUGCGGCUCCCCAGCUGGGACUGUCCGCACCCCAGGAGGGUGGAGGUCCCGGGCAAGUGCUGCCCGGAGUGGGUGUGCGACCAGGGAGGGGGGCUGGGGGUCCAGCCGCUCCCAGCCCAAGGAUCACAGUUUUCUGGCCUUGUCGCUCCCCCAGGCCCUGGCGUCUCCUGCCCGGAAUGGAGCACCGCCUGGGGUCCCUGCUCCACCACCUGCGGCCUGGGCGUGGCCACCCGAGUGUCCAAUCAGAACCGCUUCUGCCGCCUGGAGACCCAGCGCCGCCUGUGCGUACUGGGGCCCUGCCCACCCGCCAGGGGCCACAGCCCAAGGAGAAGAGCCUUUUAG